UUGAUCAUUGGCACUUACGGAAGAAUACUACUCCUUAUGCGAAAGUUCACUCUUUGAACAUGAUAAAUUGUUUCGUAAACUUGUUUUGCCCUCAGGCUCUGACACGUAAUUCACUAGCAGAUAUAUUUAGAUAACCAAAAUUGAUAUUUCAUCACUUAUGUAUACCAAAGCGCUUGAAGAACAAUAAAGAAACGUAUCCGCAGUUUUCACGCUACUUGCGUUUUCAAGAUCACACGAAGCUUUGAAGUUUCAACUGGAACUCGGUGAUCAUGUGGCGAAAAAAGUUGGCUCUUCUUACUUUGUUGAUUGUGGGGAUGGAUUUGCUGUUUUGUACAGUCAAUGCAACUCCGUGGUGGAGACGUCGACGGCGCCGUCGAUCGCCGCCUCUACCGACUCCAUCGCCACGGCCACCACCACCACCACCACCGCCUCCACCACCGCCACCACCGCCUCCGCCACCGCCACUACCGCCUCCACCGCCACCGCCACCGCCACCGCUGCCUUGCAACUCAUUUCUUCCGCGGUUAACCAUCGGGGGCCGAGUAAAGAAAUGGUCCAACGCAUGGCAGCAGUCAUUCCGCGCGAUUUGCCCUGACAGCUAUUCAAUGUUCUGGUGGAUUAGUGUUUUCCGAAAAUGUCAGGAGGAUCGUAUUCACCAUUUCCGCUGUAGCCUUGGUCCUGCUAUUUACCGCGCGAGCGAAGACUGCGUCUGGUCUGGCUUUUUGCCGAACGGAAAGACAGGCUCCGCCAGUUUUAACUUCAAGUGUGAGUCGCAUGGAUAUAUCACUGGAAUUUUGAGCGAAUUUAAUACGGUCACUAAAGAUCGCAGAGUAAAAUUCCGUUGCUGUCAUGUGGAGGGCUACAAACAUGACAACUGCAAGCCCACGGGGUACAAAAACGCGUACGGAGGACUUUUGAACUAUAGAGCUCAUUCGGGUUACACCAUAGUUGGUGCGGUCAGUGAUCACAGCUCGAGCCACAGUGAUCGUCGCUGGAAGUUUCAUAUCUGUCAAAUUAAAUCAAGCACUGGGAGGAAAAAAUAAUGGAAGACUUCAGAAGCAAAAAACAACAUCAGAAGGGAUCAAGCGCGGGGCAUUUUAAAAUAGAUAUGAUUUAUAAGGGUGUUUAUAAGGCAUUUAAAUAAAAAUAGUUCUCUUGUUGGCCGAAACAGAGGGAGAUAAAAUCAUCACACGAACUUCUUCAGGUAGAAAGGGUAUAGACGCGAGCUCCUAGAAAUCAGACUUAUUAUAUCUGAGGUUCCUUUUUUAAGGUUUGGCUCUUUAAGUUACUCUUGAGCGCCGCUAAGGAAAAGGAAAGAAUGUCGCAGGUUUGCGACUAGGAAUAUUAUUGUGCCGGCUUUAGAAGUAUUUUCAUUAGGAUUGUCUUCAUCGAUUUGAUCUAAUAACUGAGGGUAAAUGUAAGGUGAGCUAAGCUUUGAGUUUCGUAAUAAACACUUGCUAAUAUCUUCGAA